AUGGCAAGAGGAGGCAAGCGCGGAGGCGGAGGAGGUGGAGGCAGAGGAGGAAGGAGCAGUGGCAAGGGUGGCAGUAGUAAAGAUUCCAAAAAGUCAUCCGGAAGAGUCUCUGGACGUGGUACCUCCAACCCCUCAGCAGCAGAGACUAAAGCACCCAAGAAGUUUGGACAACUGAGUCGCAAGGAGCGUGACAUGAUGGAGGAGUAUGGAGAGUUGGUUCCCCAGGACUUUGAGGAGGACGAGUCUGACCGCGUUGCUUCGUUCCGCAAGGUGGUCAAGGAGUCGGAUCUGGAUUAUCAGUCAGCAUUGAAGAGAGACCGUGAGAUGGCUUCGGACGAUGAAGUGGAAGAGGACGAAUAUAAACUGGACCGCCCAUCAAAGUUCAACAAACUGUUGGGGAUCUUGAAGAAGAGCUCGAAGCGUCAGGAUGAGUGGAAGAAGCGCAAGCUUGAGGAGGAGGGUCUUGAGGAUGUUGAGGAUGAUGAGGAUGCUGAAGUUGAGGAAGAAGUUGUCACACUCACGGAGGCUGAGAGAAAGGCGUUGAUCAAGAAGCAUGGCAAAGGAUACCUGCAGGCGCUCGAUGGUGAAGAUGGUGACGAGGAUCUUCAGGGUGAGGACAUGGAAGGUGAAGAGGCCGGUGAGGCCGAGGAAAACGCCGACGAGGAGGAGGCCGAGGAACUCGCAGAGCAGCAAGAGGAGGACGACGUAUCUGACGAUUCUGACGAGGAGGAAGUUUACAAAAAGUCAAAUGACAAGUUCGAUCGCCACUUCAGUGAUAUGGUGACACCACUGUUGGCACCCAAGGUGGCGGUUGUGGAGUUGGCAGGCAACAAGUGGAAGAGCGUCUCGUACGAGGAUCCCAUUCUUCAGCGCGUAGAAAAGUUUGACACCGACAAUGUGGAAGGACAGCAGCGCAAGGACGAAAAGGCCAAGAAGAACAAGCAAAUGGAUCUGGAAUCGCUCAAGAUCAAGCAGCGUAUCCAUUCUCACUGGCCAGAAGUCAACGAAUCCGUUCAGGAAGCAGCAGGAAAGUCAUCGUCAUCAAAGAUCUUUACACCCCUGCAGCAGGCACUGGUCGAGCCCAUGACGGAAUACAAGGACAUCCUUUUCACCAACCGCACUCUCCAGAACGCUAAGGAGAUCCGCAACCUCUACACUCUGCACGCCCUCAACCACGUCCUCAAGACCCGCGACCGUAUCUUAAAGAACUCUGGAAAGCUCCAGCGCCACCAACAGAACCCUGAGGCGUCGGCAAUUGUUCCUGAAUUCAGGGAUCAAGGAUUCACUCGUCCCAAGGUGUUAAUUAUUUUGCCGUUCAAGAACACUGUUGUUGACGUUGUCGAGUCUUUGAUCAAGCUUAGUGGAUCGACGCAGCAGGACAACAAGAAGCGGUUCUUUGAUGAGUUUGGAGCUGAGGACGAGGAAGUUGAUCCCAGGGAUGCCGACCGUCCAGCUGACUUUUUGGAGACGUUCAGGGGCAACAUCGACGAUCACUUCCGUGUGGGCAUCAAGUUCACACGCAAGACGCUGAAGCUGUACUCUGAUUUCUACUCUGCCGACUUGAUCCUUGCCUCGCCCCUGGGUCUCAAGACCGUCAUUGGAGCUGAGGGCGACAAGAAGCGGGAUGUCGAUUUCCUCUCAUCUAUUGAGGUUGUCAUUGUUGACCAGACCGACGAUAUGCUCAUGCAGAACUGGGACCACUUGGAGACGGUGUUUGAACACAUGAACAUGAUCCCCAAGGACCCCCACGGGUGCGACUUCUCCCGCGUCCGCAACUGGUGCCUCGACGGCCGGUCCAAAUACGUUCGCCAAACCCUCAUGGUCUCCAACUUCAUCACCCCCGAAAUCAACUCCUUCUUCAAAAAGUUCUCCCGCAACGUCGCCGGUAAAGUCAAAAUCACCCAACCUUACCUCGACGGAUCCAUCGUCGACGUCGUUCCCCUCGUCCAACAAAACUUUAACCGCAUCGAAACACGCACCCUCGCCCAGGCGGACGAAGCCCGCUUCCAGUAUUUCAUCACUCAGACGUUACCUCAGUUGCGUCGGUCGGCUGUGACACAGACUCAUACCAUGAUCUACAUCCCCUCGUACUUUGACUUUGUCCGCUUGAGGAACUAUUUCUCCGAGAACAAGUACUCCUUUGCCGCCAUCUGCGAAUACACCUCCAACGCCAACGUUUCCCGUGCCCGUUCCAGUUUCUUCCACGGAGAGGUCUCCUUCCUCCUCUACACCGAGCGUUUCCACUUCUUUAGACGGUACAAUAUCAGAGGCACCUUCCAUCUUGCCUUUUAUGGCCUCCCCGACCACCCACAAUUCUACCCCGAGAUGUUGAAUCUCCUCGCGUUGCCUGCGGCAGCAGGGAAUGAAAAGUCGAGGUCGAAACAUGCGGCUGCUACAGGGUUUGAGGACAGGGCCAUGUCGUGUACUGCGCUGUUUACGAAAUAUGAUUUGUUGAAACUCCAGAGGAUUGUGGGCACUGAGCGCGCGAAUAGUAUGUGUAAGCAGGAGGGACGCGAUCUCUUUGUCUUUACGUAG